AUGACAGAUGAGACGGUGACUCCAGUUUUCCAAAAGCCAAGACAUGUACCAUACAAUCUUGCAGCCAAAGCAGAAGAAAAGAUCGCAUACUUGUUAAAUCAGGACAUCAUAGAGAAAGUACCAGACGACGAAACACGUACCUGGGUCAGCCCAACAGUUAUUGCGCCGAAACCAAGUUCGGAUCAGAUUCGCCUAUGUGUAGACAUGAGCAUAGUGUCCUGUGACGUAAGUAGUAACGACAGGAACACUAAGGACAUUAAUGAUGCUUGUGGGGUAUUAUGGGCACUGAGUAGUUCUAGUUUGCAAGUUGUUUAGAAAAGCAGAGUGAGAAUAUAUGAACGAUAUUGUGCGUGUUUUAUACACUAUAAUGAGGAUGGCAAACAAGGCUAUUCUACGCCCAUACACUCAACUACCUACGAUGGAAGACGUGAUCAACAAGUUUCAGGGUGCGAAGAAGUUCUCUAAAUUAGACUUGCGCGAGGCGUAUCACCAGUUCGAACUUACCACCGAAUCACGCAAAAUAACGACCUUCUACGGACCAGACGCAGAGGAGGUUGGACAGCUAAUUAGGCGAAUCUGGGCGAAUCUCUCGACCAAUCAGAUUGCGCCAUUUUCCUCAUGCUCGCAUGAAGCUUUUGGCAUCGAAAAUUUACAUAGGGCUCAUAAAUAUCGACUUUUUUCAUAUUGUUAUGCACAUUUUUUUGGAAAUUUCACGCGAUACUACUUUUACAACAGUGAAUCUAUCCAUUGGAACGGUAUCUUGAAAGGUAAGCGUUAUUUUCCAGUUUAUUUUGACCUCUCACUUUAGGCACUAUGCCGUCGCGAUGUAAUUUAAUGGCGUUUCUGUCAACAAUCGUUGAAGACAAAAAUCUCAAAUUUCCACGGUUCGAUUUCGCUAUUUUUUUCACGAUUAGUUAAACAAAAGUAUAAUCUUUAACUCUAUCCAGCCGGCCCCCCUCGGUCCCGCAACCGUUUUCGAGAUAUUCACCGUUGAAUAAAGCCCUCUGUAAAAUAUGUUGCCUUGUCACUCAGAUCGAUAAUGAACUGCUAUUACUCGCUUUUUUCUAAAGAAGUGUGAUAUAUUAUAGAAAUUUCGAUAUAUUAUGGAUUGUAUAUAUUGCAGUAAAAGUGUGUAAAUAAUUAAAGCCCUUCCGUAACAAUAUUUUAUAAGUGAAAUUUAUUGUUUGGCUGAUGUUUUGGAUUUGAGAUUCGUGAUUAUGGCUGGAUUCUAUUUUUGUCAAUGAGUUUGUCUGCAAGAAUUAAGCAUCAUCAUUAAAUUUGGAGGUAAAAUCGGUCCUUCCAAUCUGUACAGACCUUCUACAUCUGCAAGAUCUCCGAUGCUAUGAUUGUCUCUCCAUCAAGUGACCAAAACCUUGUUAACCUUUCUGGUUAUGUUAUUGGUAUGAUGACGUCUGGAUUUUCAAAACUAACCCAGCGACAACCAGAAUAACUACUCAUCCACCUGUUUCAAAAAUGGCUGGUAAAAGUUAACACUGGUUUAGAUGCUAAAUUUGUCCCUCAAAAUUUUCUCCCACUUGUUGCCAAGGCUAUGUACUUCAUGCUGGUCAAAAAGACAAUCUGAUUUAUCACGCUGCUCGAUGCUUUGGAGAAAAACGCCAUGGAGAUGUUGGUCUGCUGCCAUUGGAUAGAAUGCCCUUUAUAGCAGUGAAGGCCCACUUGGCCUUUUUUUAACAGUAUUUUGUAAUGAUGUUACACAACUAAUUCAGAUAAAGUUUGAGAAAUGGUGGUUCUUUCAAUGUUAAGCCCCAGACAGGGGGGCGGGCAUAUGUGGGGCAUUUGAUUUUCUGAGCAAAUUUUCAAUCAAAUGCCCCACUGUUAGGUAAUAAAUAUUGGUCAAACACCCCACCAUUUUGCAAUAAAUUGCAAUAAAUACUAUAUUAAUAAAAGUCAUUUUGGUUCAAAUUGCCCUAACUCGGGCCCAAAAUGCUAAUCAAAAUCCCCAGAAUGGGGAUGCAAUUGAUGAUCAAAUACCCCACAUAUGCCCACCCCCUUCUGGGGCUUGACAUUGAUAGGUGCAAUUAUAUGCAGGGUUUUUUUGUAUUCUCAUGUAAUGUAUCACAAAGUUAAUAGCAGCAUGUUAUUGUGGGACCUUUGAUCAAUAUGUAUAUAAAUAGACAUAUUUUUGUUUUAUUGUUGCAUUAAUUUUAAUGGAAAAUAAAAAUUACUCACAAAUUUGGUCAAGUGAAUGUACAAACUAUUUAUUUCUUCAUUUAGUACAGCACAUGUUACAAUUAUGUACUUGUCUUAAUUGCAUGAGUGUGCAUGACAAACAUUGUUUUAUUUUAAUUGUGCACACCCACUUAUGAUUAACCUAGUUUUUGUUUAUGAAAAUCUAAAAAGUUAGCUAAUUGAAAUAACAUCAUUUCUAUAACUUGCUAAACCUAUUCAGUUACAAUUAUGUCACAAACAUCUGUCAACGUACACUCGUGCUCUUCCUUACCACUUGAGUCUCCCACUCACCACGUCGCUUUAUGAAAAUUUUUUGAUAAAAUCCUAUUUUAAAAAGUCAACCCUAUACUUGAUAUGCUGAACAUAGACGUCUGAGAUAUCUCCUGUGGCAAUUAGUGGGAGCAAAUACUCGCAUAGUUGAGCAGCAAUAUAACCAAUAUGUGUCCAUCCAGUUCCAUAGUCUACAUCAAUUGCAAUUGCACUUGGGUCCAUUGGAUUCAAUGACUCUAGUCAUAUUCUUACAUUCACGUACUGGUUUAUCUUAUCCAUGAAGAGCAAGGUAUGCCUGUUCCAAAUGAUGUUGGUAAUUCUUCUCAUGAGCAAGAUCGACAGCUGAUGGUUUCCGCCAGGUGGUAUUCAAAUCACGAAGCCUUAGUCCACCCGAAUCCAACUAUUCAACUACCGAGAGAGAGGCGCUAGCAAUCCGAUGGGGGAUCAAAAAGCUGAGAAAAUACCUCUUGGGAGCACAACAAUUCAAAGUGACUACAGAUUACAAACCACUGCAAGCGAUGUUCAACAAAACCGCAGGUGAUUUACCGCCACGCAUCGAGAAGUUUAUUAUGUACGUCCGGGAAUACGAGUACGUUGCGGAAUAUCACCCCGGGAAGACCAACAUAGCCGAUUACUUAUCAAGCCACACACGAACAUAUGCUAUUUCAAGCAGCUUCCAGGCAGCCGACGAAUUUGCCCGGACCGUGGUUCAAGCGGAAAGAGUCACGUUAAUCAACAGCCACGCGGCAGUCACCAUACAGGAGAUAAGAGAGGAAACACGUAAGAAUACAACUCUCACGAAACUCAUACACACCAUACAAACGGGUCUGAAUGAAGCAGAUGAAAAAUUUUUGCCAUAUAUGGCAGAAGUUAAACACGACCUGCAUAUCAUAGACGGAGUAAUUUAUCGCGGGAAACGAUUGAUCGUACCUGAAACCCUACAGCGCCGAGUUAUCGCAUUAGGGCACGAGGGUCAUCAGGGAAUUAGCAAAACAAAAUCUUUCAUCCGGCAAUCCUGCUGGUUUCCCGGCCUUGAUGCCAAAGUGGAACGCCAAAUCAAAGAGUGCCUUGCGUGCCGAGCAACGCAACCAAGUCGAUACCACGAGCCUAUUAAAGUAUCGGAAUUACCGAAGGGACCUUGGUAA